CUAUGCACCAAUCCUGGAGAGACACAUGGGUAGGAGAUAGCAAUAAAAAACAAUCCACAGCAGGCUGCAUUCCCAUAGUCAGCUGGAGGAGGAGGAAGGUUCUGGGUUCUCUCCCAAAGCUGCAUGGCCAGUGUGCACACUGUGGAGUGAAGGUGUGUGCCUCACCUCGCAGGAAGGAUGGUAGGCCGUGAUCUCCUGUGGCUGACCUUGGCCCCUUGCAUUCUGGUCCUGGCACUGACCGUACAGCAAGGUUACACCAGAGAAGCCAGUUCCUAUGGGCAAGACCUGGCCUGUGGAGAACCUGGCACCCCAGAGGCUGAGAUCUGUUUUGACCCCUGCCAGAAUCACACUGUUCUGGAUGACCCCUCCCGAAGCAUAGAGAAUACAGAGGCAGACAGGACCUGUGAUAAUAACUUGGGUGGCUGGUACCGCUUUGUGGGUGAAGGAGGGGUGAGGAUGUCUGAGAGCUGUGUCCCUGUGUACCAGUGCCAGACAGAUGCACCCAUGUGGCUGAAUGGGACCCACCCGCUUCUUGGUGAUGGUAUCGUCCAGCGCACUGCUUGUGCCCACUGGAGUGGAAGUUGCUGUUUCUGGAACACCAAUGUGCUGGUGAAGGCCUGCCAGGGUGGGUACCACGUGUAUAAGCUGGAGUCCACCCCAACGUGCAAUCUGAGAUACUGCACAGACCCUUCCACCACCCUGGACAUGUGUGAGAAUGCCUGCCGUCCUCAGGAAGAGUGCCGUGUUGAAGACGGCAUCUGGGGCUGUUUCUGCAAACAGAACUUCAGUGGCUCUGAUAUUCAAAGUCUGCAGCCUCAGUUGGACUGUGGGGCCAGUGAGAUCGAGGUGAAGAUGGACAAGUGUUUGCUGGGAAGUCUGGGUUUUGGGGAGGUGGUGUUAGCCUACCUGAGUGAUCGGAACUGCAGCAGCAUCUUGCAAAGAGAGGAUGGCAACUGGAUAUCUGUGACCAGCCCUGUCCAGGCUAGUGCCUGUGGGAACAUUCUGGAGAAAAAUGGAACCCAUGCCAUCUACAAAAACACCUUGUCCUUGGCCACGGAUUUCAUCAUCAGAGACAUGCUCAUCAACAUCAAAUUCCAGUGUGCCUACCCCCUGGACAUGAAGGUCAGCCUCCAGACUGCACUUCAGCCUAUUGUAAGUUCCCUGAACAUCAGCUUGGGUGGGAAGGGAGAAUUCACAGUCAGAGUGGCCCUCUUCCAAGACCAGAGCUACAGAAAUCCCUAUGAAGGGGAUGUAGUCGUGCUGUCAGUGGAAUCCAUGCUCUAUGUGGGUGCCAUCUUGGAGAGAGGAGACACCUCCCGAUUUAACCUGUUAUUGAGGAAUUGCUAUGCCACCCCCUCUGAACACAAGGAUGACCCUGUGAAGUACUUCAUCAUCAGAAACAGCUGUCCGAAUCAACAUGAUUCCACUAUUUCUGUGGAGGAGAAUGGGGUGUCUUCAGAGAGCCGGUUCUCAGUUCAGAUGUUCAAGUUUGCUGGAAAUUAUGACCUAGUUUUCCUGCAUUGUGAGGUUCAUCUCUGUGACUCCCUUAAUGAACAGUGCCAACCAUCUUGUUCAAGAAAUCAACUUCGCAGUGAUGUACUGGCCCUUGACCUAGCCAAGGUUCUCGAUUUGGGACCCAUCACUCGGAGAGGAGCCCAGGCUCUUGGUGUCUUGAGUGGGACUCCCAGUACUGCAGGGUUCCUGGUGGCCUGGCCCAUGCUCCUCCUGCCUGUCCUCCUGGCAUGGCUGUUCUAAGAGCAGAGAUGAACGUUUGGCCUUGAAGUCCUGGCAUUCCCUCCCAUUCUGAGGGAAGAGUUUGCUCUUUUUUAGCACUCCCAUGCCUUUGUAUUCCUCUUUUGCUCUUGGUGGGGUCCUAUAAACUUGUGUUGGAAUGGC